AUGGCGCACAUAAUCCUCACCGGCGCGACAGGCCAAGCAGGCUCCGCCAUCCUAUCCUACGCCCUCAACUCCCCAGCAAUCUCCCGCAUCUCCAUACUAGGCCGCCGACCACCGAAAUUAGCCGAGAACCAACCCAAAGCAAACAUCAUCACCCACAGCGAUUUUGAACGCUACCCCCAAGAAAUCCUCGACCAGCUCAAAGGCGCCACGGGAUGUAUCUGGGCGCAAGGGAUAACUAGUCGUGGUAUGAAAGAAGACGAGUACACGAGAAUCACACUCGACUACCCUAUCGCGGCUGCGAAGGCUUUUGCGGGUUUGGGCGAGGACGUGAAGUUCGUGUAUAUGUCUGGCGAAGGGGCGGAUAUCAAUGAGAAGGCUUCGACGAUGUUUGGUCGGAUUAAAGGGCGUGCUGAGCGGACACUCCUGGGUCUGGGCAAGGAGUUGCCAAGCCUCAAAGUCUAUGCCAUCAGACCUGCUAUCAUCAAUCCGCAAGGCCAGUAUCUCGCUGAGAGGAAAGUGACGUUGCAGGAUCGUGCAUCGACUUUCCUCGGCGGGCUGUCUUCGAUGAUGUUUCCGAGUUUUGUGAUACCGACUGAUGCUUUGGCGAAAGUAUGUGUUGAUUUGGCGAUUGGUGAGGGCGAGCCUAUUGGUGCUGGAAAGGGCGUGGCGGAGGAUGGGAGGCUGUUGAGUAAUACUGCUUUGAGGAGGCUUGCUGAAUUGUGA